AGAGCUUCGACCAGGAGCUGCCGCUAGCAAGAUGAGCUUCUUUUAUGCGAAGCCGUACUGGCUUCUAAUUGUCGUCCUCUACGUCUUGAUCAACAGCAGUUUGCAUCGCACAUUCAGAAGUGUGACAGGCAGUUUUAACACAUCUUGCCCAACUGCAACUGUAUCUAGACCGCAAAAUAAUACCAAAAAACCGACUGUAAAAUUAUCGAUCGACGACAUAUGCGAUCGUAGAUAUAACUAUAGUGAAUGGGAAGCCGUAACAAAGACGAGCUUGGCUGAAACACCGGAUGACAUACGCACUUGCUUAUUCUCACCCUCAUCUUCCGAGUUGGACGGUUGCACGUUAACCGUGUGUUCACAGCGAAUCAGCAUUGCGGAUUGGAUGUACACUACGGAAGAUAAUAAUUAUCUAUGUAAAAGUGAAGUUCCAUUCGCUUGCCUUAAUUACAAUGCAAAAUCGCCUUACGCUAUUGCGCAGUACCUAUGUAGCCCCAAGCCAAGAUUCGUCACUGUUAUUGACACCGAAGGUAACCCAAAUUCCAUGUUUCCUGAAUUUCCCAAAUUAACACGUUAUAACUACACAAGAAUUUUCUAUGUGCAAAAAGUCAAUUGUGCAAAUUGAAAUGCUUUUUUCUUGCAUCCUACCACGCACCAAAACAAUUGUUGCUUUCUGAAAUGCUUACAUCAUUGAUAGUAAUACACGCAGUAGUUUUAAUAUGAGAAGCUGCAGUGUAUAUCUACAUGCAUGUGCGCAUUUAUUGACCAACUAUUGUUUGACAGAUAUUGGCUAGUUUUUAGCAAUGAAUAAAUGGUUUUACAG